AUGGACGUCAAAGAGCCAAAAGAAGAAGAACGCGCACUCACUUUAGCUGAUGUUGUUAUAAGCCACCCGCAACCGGAAAACGUACCUCAAGAUUCAGAAACACUGCCCUUGGGUACGCCAGAAAACGUUGCCCCUGAUAUCACUGUUCUGCCAAACACAGUGGCGGAUUCCCCAGCGCCCAGGCAGCCAUCGACUACAUUCUCAGAUGACGUGGGCGCAGAAAGCCAGGGAGAAGGAUUAACGUUGUCUCCGGUGGAUGAUGCCUCUCCGCAAGUCACUUCUCCGAGAUUUGGAGGGGAUAUGGCCGUGAUGAUGUUUCGGCAAGGACUUGAGUCGCCUCUCGGGACAAUCGAGCUUACUUUCGACCUCGAUGAUACACUUUACUCUCAAAUUGCUCGGUGGGCGAAACGCAAGUUGUCACCAAUGUAUGUAGAUUUGGAACAAAGUGUCUGUGUGUCGUUCGCUUGCUAUCAUCUCCCUAGUCUCCUAUCCUAUCUACCAAAAGAUGAUCAACCUCCUCCCUUUGAGACACUUACCAUACACUCGCAAUGCUCUUGGCCUACAACUGGGGACCUUUCACUUCAGACGAAGCGGAAUGGGAAGGAUUUCAUCAUCCCACUAGCUCCACCCAUUUUCGUCACUCCGGAUAAUUGCGUCGAUAUAUCUGCCUUCAUCAGAAGUGGAGAAAAUGCCUUUUCAGUGGUUCAGCAGAGCGACAUGUCAGAAUAUAUGUUCAUUCUCCACGCUCACCAUCCCACGGCUGUGCAACUCAACUAUCUGGCUUCAUGCAGACAUAGGCGUGAGGACUGGGCAAGGGCCGCACGUGCUUUUUGCAAACCUGAGCUGAAGGAAUCGCCAUGGAGGGCGCCGUCGUCGUGUUCGUGA